CCCAUAUGCGGUCUGGUAGCAGCCAGUGAGCAGGUGUUUGGGUGCGAUGAAUAGAGAGAGGAGAGUGGGGGAUUCUCCCCCCUCCACCAUGUGAUGACGGUCAGACUGACUGUAUCACCGGAGCGAUGGUUUUAGUCACUUUCAACAGCAACAAAACGGCAACAGUAGCACUUGACGUAAAGCCGCCACCACAGAACCGGAGCAGCACGGCGCUCAGAACAACGGGACAUGAAGUUGGUCCCACAUCCAAACAAUUUUGGUACCAAACACACAGAAUGGAAAUAGACUGCAGGCUGGAUGGAGUGAGGAUGUCGACGGAAUAUGUCGCCUUGAUUCUUCGACUGUAAUUUCUAGCAGUCGGUGACAGCAUCUCUCUGAUUUUGAAUUGAAAUGCUUUCGGUAAGGAGAGUUAUGACAAGAGUGCAGGGUGCCGCAUUGCCUGCUCGCUUGGAUAGUGUCAUGCUUUUAUUGUAAUUGUAAUAUUGGUAUUUUGGGUGGGGAUGGACGAUAAUGGCUGUCUUACAAUUGUGUGGUUAGGCUUUCAACAUAGCCAACAACAUAUUUAGACCCAUUUGGGAAGUCAUCCACAGCCAGUAUUGUGACUGAAUUGAGAGCUAUAAAUAUCGACGUAUGAAAAGAAACUUGGAAACAGAAGUCAAAUGUACGGUACAGGUGGAAACCAAAUGGAGCUGUCCAAAAAGUGAAUACAGCCUAUGUUGCUAGCACCUUCUAUCAUACUCAGGGAAGCAGGACGAUAUCUGAAGUCAGGCUUUGAUUUUAGGGUCCUGAUUGAGAAGGUUCAAUAGGCCUGUACGUGACGCAUUCAUUGUUAACGACUUUUGGCUCUAUCUACGGUAACAUUUUACCUACCAUUAAAUAUUGGCGGUGGACGUUGAAGCAAGAACGAUGACUCACUUACAAUCCGGCUUGUCCCCAGAAACACUGGAGAAAGCCAAGGUGGAGUUAAAGGAGAACCCCGACACUGCACAUCAGGACAUUCAGGAGGUGAGGGACAUGAUUAUCACGCGCCCAGACAUUGGCUUUCUUAGGACCGAUGAUGCUUUCAUCCUACGCUUUCUCAGAGCUCGGAAAUUUAACCAUUUCGAGGCGUUCCGCCUCUUGGCCCAGUAUUUUGAGUAUCGUCAGCAAAAUCUGGAUAUGUUCAAAAACCUCAAAGCAACCGAUCCGGGCAUCAAGCAAGCUCUCAAAGACGGAUUUCCGGGGGUGUUGACCAACUUGGACAGAUAUGGCAGGAAAAUACUGAUUCUCUUCGCUGCUAACUGGGACCAGAGCAGGUAUACAUUUGUGGACAUACUGCGAGCUAUUCUGUUGUCGCUGGAGUCCAUGAUCGAAGAUCCAGAGUUACAGGUGAAUGGAUUUGUCCUGAUCAUCGACUGGAGCAACUUCACAUUCAAGCAAGCCUCCAAACUAACACCGAGUAUGCUGAGACUGGCCAUAGAAGGUCUACAGGACAGCUUCCCUGCCAGGUUCGGAGGAAUCCAUUUUGUGAACCAGCCUUGGUACAUCCACGCCCUUUACACCGUCAUACGCCCCUUUCUGAAGGACAAGACGAGGAAACGGAUCUUCAUGCAUGGGAACAACUUGAACAGCCUUCACCAGCUCAUGCACCCUGAGAUCCUGCCCUCUGAGCUGGGUGGGAUGAUGCCACCCUACGACAUGGGCACCUGGGCCCGCACCCUUCUGGACCACGCCUAUGACGAGGAGACCGAGUAUUGCCCCGAGUCCUACAGCCUGUCUGUCAAAGACCUGGAGAAAGACCUGUCUCCCAAAGCCAUGAAGAGGUCCCAGUCGGUGGUGGAGCCCGGAGUGCUUAAACGGCCAGAAAAAGUGAAGAGCGAGGAGGAGAACAUGCAGCCGCUGCUCUCGCUGGACUAAAGUACGGCUCGACAACACAUGCAGACCAAGAAACAUCGCCCUCAGACAGAAAGACAGACAGAGGGGAGAGAAUUCCCAUGCUCCCUCAAACAAACAAAAGAACACAGAGACAUAACGAUGCGAGGGAAGAGAUUGGAGCACGAGGAGAACCUCUUCUAGCAUCAUAAAGAUGGGCAAAGACGGCAUUUUGAGAGAUAUUUCUAAAAACAAAAAGGGAAGAGAAGCUAAUGGUGGAGGUCCAAAUUUUAUUGUCAAGUGCCAAUUCAAAACUGUAAAUACACUUCUGAUCUAAACACUAGGGGGAUGGUGGAGUCAUUGUGACAGGAAAACAUGCAAAGACUGCUGUUAAUAUUCUGUAUGUGCUUCUCGUGAAAUGUUUUGUGAAAAAAGUGGUACCAUAGGAGGUUGAUGGGAAAUCACGCUUAAAGGGGAUUGGAGGCUGGGGGCUUUUGGUACAGUAUUUAACAUUUCCAAACCGGCAAGUGCAGCUCGGGAUUUGUUCUAAUAAUGUUUUUUUAUUUUAUUUUUACAUUUAACCUUUAUUUAACUAGGCAAGUCAGUUAAGAACAAAUUCUUAUUUACAAUGAAGGCCUACCGGGGAUCAGUGGGUUAACUGCCAGUAAUCACGAAAACAUGACAAAUGUCUCGUAUUUUGAAAGGAUUUAGUAUCAGCUAUUGGUUCAGCUCAGAAGAGGUAACAGUGUUGUCGCUGUGUCAUGUGAUUCCAAAAAUGUGUUUCUAUUCAAGGAUUAUCUUGAAACGAUCUGUUUCAAUAGGAGAGAUGUUGCCCACUACAGCACACACCUACUUGAAAACCAAUUUAGAUACACUAUUUAAAAGAUAUAGAUAUUAUUUUCUCAUAUCUUAUUUUAGGAUGCUGGAAGUUAAGAUACAGUAUACUGUAUACUUAUUUAUAUAUGAUAUCAAGCUUUUGUGAUGGCUGCAGGGAUACAGUCAGUUUAUGCCACUGUGUGAUCUUCCGUUGCUCGCUCCUUUGUUUCUCCUUGCAUGGCGGUGAAGCUCGAGGCAGUGUUCAGCUCUGGAGCCUCUGAGCCCUGACACAGUGCUGCCUUCCUGCUAUGGCACUAACAUGGAUUCACUCUGGCGUGGCUGCUUGGCUGCCCAGAACUAGGCCAGACAGAUCGACAGUCCUAAUACCCAGUGAUCACACGGUCCAGGCAAUAUCAUCUCCAGCUCGAUGYCUGAGGGACUCAGCUGCUGCAGACCCAGGAACCUCUUUGUUUUUUUUGGUGAAGUGAGGGCGCCGUAACAGCUUGUCAGUGUUACCCAGUCUGUCUGUAGCGGCCGUUAGGUAGCGAUGUGUGAGAGGCGUUGCAAUAACCCGAUAGCUGAACAAUGGUAUUGUUAUCUGAAGCCUCAUUGAUCGGAUGCUGCUGUCUGUGUGUUUCACCCUGGUUUAAAGUGUUUCAUGUU